UUAAUCAGAUAAUAGAUAUGUAUAUAUACAUUAAUCGUAUAGCCAGCUAGCCCAACAUAUGACACGAUAUAUCGACGAUCGGAUUACUCACCUUUUUGUUUUGUAGUUACUGUACCUAUAAAUGUAGCACAUAUACUUCACAAAUUUACAAAGUUUUUAUUCAUAUCAAGUCAAUAUAUACGGCAAUAGUAGACUAAUAUAUUGGGGAAUAUUGCUUUCCGUAAAUAUAUUACAGAAAGCAAGAUGUCUGUAUACAGACAUUUCGGGGUGCAAUGUAGACAGCAUACUUCAUGCUGCCAAUACAUGAGUCAAUAUACCGGGCAAUAAUCGGGCAGUAUGUCUAGUUUCAUAGCUGGUGGCUCAGGCAUCAGACACUGUCCACAAUAUAUCGACUAAAUAGCUACUCUGAUCAGUGUUUUUGUCAACCCGAUAUAUCGGGUACGAUAUCUAGUCGCUAGCUAUCCUACCCGAUAUAGCUAGCUAGCCCAAUAAAAAUGGUAUGAAUAGCUAGCUACCACAACCCGAUAUCGCCCGAUAACAUAUUUUUAUAAUUAGAUAAUCUCAAAGGCAUUUUUUUGUUUUGCAACUAAGUAUUAUUUUUCGUGGUUGUUAUAGUCUAAGAUUAGAAUACAAGGGUGCUAUUACAAUUUUACAUGAAAAUGGUAUUGAAAUGGGCGAUGAAGAAGGGCUGUCAACUACAAAUGAAAAUUUUCUAGGAAAAUUAGUGAAAGUAAAAUAUCAUACAGAUUUUUAUAUGUUAGACAAAUAUCCACUGGCUAUUCGACCAUUUUAUACGAUGCCAGAUCCUCGUAAUCCAAAAUAUCCAAACAGUGACGAUAUGUUCAUAAGAGGAGCCGAAAUAUUAUCUGGAGCACAGCGUAUACACGGUUAG